AUGGAUCGACUUGAUAUCGUUUCCAAAACCGUUUCUUCACUAGCCGAUAAAAUAGAGAACAUCAGCAACAUUGUAGCCGCUCAAUCUCUUACAAUCAAUCAAUGCAUGGAGGCUAUCUCUAUUAUAAAAAAAGAUGAUGAAGUGACGAAAAAAAGAAUCUCUGGUUUCGAACUUCAAACAUUACAACUCACUGAUGAAUUCCAUGCAGUAAUCAAAGAGCGCCCCAAACGUGAGAAAAACAUAAUAAUCACCGGUAUACCAGAAACUAUCUCGAUACAGGAUGAUAUGAAAAUAGCAAAUGAAAUUGUCAAUACACUCAACCCCGACUCCAGGAACAAUAUAAAAUCUGGAUUUAGAUUUGGAAAUGAAUCGAACUCUUCCAGACCUAGACCGUUCAAAGCAAUUUUAAACUCUACUGAUGAGGUGAUACAGAUUCUCAAAAACAAGAACAAAAUCUCGAACUCUGCAUUCCCAAACAUUAAACUCAAUAGUGAUAUGACCCCAAAACAAACCGAACACCUAAACAAGCUGCGUGAUGAGUUGAAGAACUUGAAUGGACAAGGAAGGUCCAACUUCACUAUAAAUGCAGCUAUAACAUGGAACAAACCGAUCCUCUUGCUACAAGGGAGGAUCUUGGGGGGAUCAAGUGCCCCGCCAGGAUUAAUUAACGUUGGCAAUGUGGGGCCCUAUACAAUAUUUUACAUGGAGGAGCAGGAUGCCCUACUAGUAUGGGCAAUAUCGUUUACGGAAGACGAAUAAUUUUUUUUUGUGUGUUAUAAGGUUUGAAUAAAAAUAUCUAGUUAUAUGAUGAUUUCUUUCAUACAAUAUUAUAUACCCACAACAAUACACUCGAAUGGGUUUGUUACUACCCCACUGGUAAUUUUUGACAUCAUUUAAAAGGAACUGUGGCAUGAAAUAGCUUGGAAGUAUCGGUGAGUUCUUUCCAAAAUAUAGUCUUUGUGCUUAUUUCAAAUUCUGACAUACAGGGUGAUUCAGGAAGAAUAUACCAAAUUCUAUAGGAGUGUAUUCGACUCAUGGAAAUUAUUUUAGAAACUAUAAAUGUUCCAAUUUUCAUUUGUUUCCAACAAAGAGAAUGAUACACUGGGAUCAUUGGAUAAACUCUGAUAGGUUCAACAAAUAUACCACAAAUUGAAUGUUAACAAUAAUGUUUUUGAAUAAUUUUUUUUUGUAGAAUACUCACCUAGAGUUUGAUCAUCCUGACAGAUCCUGUUUAUUUCUGAACAAUUUCUAUGCACUGCAAUCUCGUUGCACAUUCAUUCAGACACAUCCUGUAUAUUUCGG